AUGGAAAAAACAACGCACGAGACUCUGGGGGAAUGUGAAGAGGAUCAAAAAAGCCCUCAAAUAGCGUCUUUUCAGGCACAACAGGAAGCUAUAACCUACAGUGAAGGGGGGCGAAUGCCUCAUCUUGUCUUCAUGGUAAAGGACAAGAAAGUAGGCGGGGGUGUCUCGACACCUCACGUGGACCAGUCUCGGCCUCGAGGGGGCCAAGAGAGCCUGCGCCUUUUUGCUUCCCGCCUUGCGCUAGGCCAGCUGCGGCGACUUAGAGAGGGUUUGUAUGCCUACUGCCCUCCAGAUUCUGAUUCCCCCAAAACUGCCAGCUCCGCUAACGGCUCCGCAGAGGUCUGCCUGCACCCUUCUGGAGCUUUCUACCCCCCCUCAGUUGCUGACUUUCUCAGCGUGUGCCCCGUGUUCUUCGUGGCGGACAGAGGGGGUUCCCUUGUUGCAGCUUCGUACCCCGCAACAGACACUGCAUUACUUGCCGAAGCCCCGAAAGCACAAAACACUCACCAAUUCCAAACAGGAGCCGCCGCUGCUUCUUCACCUGCCCAUGCACUCUUUUCCCUCGGAAUAUUCUUCAUGAGUGCAAAGGAUGCGAAAGCUUAUCUACACCACGUAUCCAAGGAUUCGUCCUCUCACUUCCACGUUAGAUCUACGACCCUCCGCAAGGCUUACGGAUGCUUGCGGUACGUCGACUCAAAUGGCCGACGUGCAGCAGGGGAGGAGACCGAUGGAAGGAUUUUAUCGCUCUUUAGGCGAACCAGGCGAUUCUUCUCGGGAUCUCAAGGAAAAUCGAUGCGAUGCAUUUUGGUUCCCAACACACAAACCCUCUGCAAUGAGCUAAGUAAAAGUGGCAAGUUCGAAGGAAUACCCGUGUACACCUUGCCAGCCAUUGACACAAGGGGCGACAUCGCAAAGAGCCGAGUUCUUCGACAACUCCGCGCAAAGCUGGAGCAAAAGCUCCGACGGAAUAAAUCAACAAGCAGGCCGCUGUGCUACCCACUGCUUCCCAUAGAGACGUCUCCCGGCCGUUGGAUCCUCGCUCUUGCUUUCAACGGCAGCCUGCGGCAGCCGUUCUUUUGCAGUGACAGGGACGCAAUCGCUGCCUACAGGGCUCUUACUGCUACGCUCCCACCAGGCUUUGCGGAGCCAUCCCCAAAACUGACUGUAUACAGCCUAGAGAAAGUGCUCAACAACCCACAUUCCCUCCCUACUAACGACUCUUCUAGCCUCCAAGGAGGGCAGGAAAGGUUGCCAACUCUGCUUCUACCAGACACUGAAGAGAUCGCCCCCGACGAACUGUCAUUUAAGUCGAUUUAA